AUGAAUGGUGAUAUUCAAUUUGAGAAUAUCAACUUUGCUUAUCCAACUAGACCUGAUGUCUUAGUUUUACGAAAUCUAACACUGACGGCUCGUGCAGGUGAGAUAACAGCUUUAGUCGGUUCAAGUGGCUCUGGCAAGAGCACAUGUAUUUCACUUCUACUUCGUUUUUAUGAACCUUUGUCGGGUCGCAUCGCAAUCCAUGAUCAAUCGAUCACCAACUGCAAUUUCAAACAACUGAGACAGAAAAUUGGUGUGAUUCUUUUUGCCACAAGUGUCUAUGAAAAUAUUCGCUUUGGUAAGGAAAAUGCAACAAGAAUGGAGAUCGAAGAAGCAGCACGUCAAGCUAAUGCCCAUGACUUCAUCAUGCAAUUACCUAAUAAUUAUGACACAAUUGUCGGUGAACGUGGUGUUCAAUUGAGUGGCGGUGAAAAGCAACGAGUAGCUUUGGCUCGUGCUCUUAUCAAACAGUCAGCCUUGCUUUUGUUGGACGAAGCAACAAGUGCUCUUGAUAAUACCAAUGAAAAGAUUGUUCAGGAAGCACUCGAUCGAGCUUGUAAAGGUUUGCACGUAUCAUUUUGUUUAAAUUAUAUUAUCUAUGGUUACACAUAG